AUGAAUGGAGCCUAUGGAAGCAGCAAAUUGACGGCUGGUGGCAGGUUGGAUGAAGAAUCCUUCCUUGAUGAUGAAGCUCUCGAUUGCCAGAGUAAUGAGGAGCUCAUAAACUCGCCAACAUGCAGACCGACCAAGAUGAGCAACCACGCUGGUUCCCUCACAGUCCAUUUCAGUGCACCUUCCAAAACUUUGGCUGGUCAGAGUCACAAAAUUUUGAAAGAAGAGAAAUCUGAAAUUGAUCAGUCCUCUAAUGAUCUUGAGCAAAUUUACAGUGAUCACAACUAUCCAGCAAUGUUUCGAGAAGAAGACUUUAGAACGAAAAAUGUCAACAGUUAUUCUAAUAGAAUCAAUGAACGUUUAGAAAACGACCAACUGUUUUCGACCAGCAAAAAAAGAACUGGAAUGAAAAAUGAAUUGGAAUUUACUAAAACUCGUGCUAAUUUUGAAAAAAAUGAAAAGGCAACAUUAUAUGUUCGUAGAAUUAAUGAUCCUGUCAUAUAUCUCUAUAGACAGAAAGUUGAACACCCAAUGAGCAUAGAGCCCAUGUUGAGUACAAACAACUGCACCGUUGAUACACACAUGUUGUUGGAUCCACGUUUUUGCAAGUUGCGGCAUGGCUCUGAUGUUAAUGAACAACCUGGUUGA